AUGCAGGUUGUUGGGUACUCACAGCUCUUUGCAAACGAGGACUUAGGCCACUUCCUUAGUCCGGUGGAUGAUCCCAUUGUUCGUGCACUUGCCGACUUCGAAAACUACUCUCCGUCAGAGCUCCUCCAUCAGUUUUCACUACGAAAGAACGUCGCUGUCAUUCCAAAAAGUACGAACGAGAAACGGAUUCGGGAGAAUGCAAUGAAGAGGGUGUGGAGGACGAGACAAUCUACAUCGACAUCUACUUCUACUGGUAUCUCCAUCUCGGACACUUCUUUCCGUAUUCUUGACGCGCUUGUCGUUCUAUGGGAGUCCAUACUUAUUCCUGGAGAGGAAAUCGUGCAGCCGAGUUGGGCCCGUUCGCGCUUGGAUUUUCUACUACCCAAGCGGCAAAUGACUGUUUUGUCGGGCAAAAUCCGCAACAAUUUGGCGGUGCUGAAGGAGCUGGCUGGAGUGGAGGUGGACAAGGAACUUGCUAGCUGCAGUACAGGAGAAACUGAAGUCUCUUACACUUCACUCGUGAAGGAAUUAUUUUUUGCAGAGGACGAUGUUGAUACUCAUAGUUCUACGUGGUCGUCCAUUUCUAGUGCA